UGGAGGUUUGGAGCAAAGUGCAUCUGUCCCAGAGAGAAGAGACUACACUACAGCAUUACAGUCAGCAGCCUGAUUUAAAUACAAUCACCGGCAUUUUCUGAGGUGGGGGUUGGGUUGGAAGAGGAAGUGAACACUUGAUAACAGAGAAGGAUUUCUACAUGUUCUGCUCAUUCGACAAUAGUUUGUGUUACAAUGAGGACGUUCUCUGCUUUGAAUCUGCUCAUGCUGAGUGUCAGCUAUGGGGCAACAUUGAAGAUAUGCUCCUUCAAUAUACAGUCCUUUGGAGAAAGCAAAAUAUCCAAGCCUGAAGUAGUGGAUGUCAUCAUACAGUGUAUUGCCCGCUGUGACAUAAUGCUUAUAAUGGAAAUCAAAGAUAGUCGAGAAUUAGCUUUCCCACAGCUGAUGAUGAAGCUCAACAGGUACAGCUCCAGAAGGAAUGAAUAUGAUUUUGUAAUCAGUGACAGGUUGGGCAGAAAGGCUUACAAGGAACAAUAUGCCUUUAUUUACAGGAAGAGGUCGGUGUCCAUAAAGGAUGUGUAUCAGUACCCUGAUUUACAGACUGGGGACGAAGAUGUGUUUGCCCGAGAACCUUUCAUUGUAUGGUUUUCCUCACCAAAGACUGAGGUGAAGGACUUUGUCAUCAUUCCGAUUCACACCAUGCCAGAGGCUGCAGUUCGGGAGAUUGAUGAGCUCUUUGAUGUGUUUGAGGAUGUCCAACAGCAAUGGACAUCAGAGAACGUUAUCAUCAUGGGAGAUUUCAAUGCUGCUUGUGGCUAUGUUCCCAAGAGGCAGUGGAAUAACAUACGCCUGCGUUCUGAUAGCAGCUUCCUCUGGCUUACUGAUGACAGUGUUGACACCACUGUGAAACAGUCCACCAAUUGUGCCUAUGACAGAGUGGUGCUCCAUGGUGAAAGAAUGAUCCAGGCAAUCAAGCCUUCCUCUAUGGAGGUGUUUGAUUUCAAAACAGAGUAUGGACUCACAGACCAGCAGGCUCUUGCUGUAAGUGAUCAUUUCCCCCUGGGCUUCACCAUGGGUUCUGUCCAACGUAGAAGAGGCUGAUGGGAUUAACUCACAAGUGGAUGGUUUUAAUUGAUUAUGAUAAAAUGACAUGACUCCUGUUUUGGCAUACAUUUAUAUUUACAAUUUUACCUGACCAAAGCCCAUGUAGAAAUGGCUGACAAAGCUUUGCUGCGCUUUAGAUGACUGCAAUUGUACCGGGAAAGGGUCAGGUGAUUAUGUAUGUAAAUCAUAAGACAUCUGAGUACAAAGUACAAAAUUCUAUGAUAUCAACCAUUUUACCUGUUUUCACCACUGGCACUGGUACCAGUAUGUUUCCCAAUGUUCCACUGUAGCUCAUUUAAACACUUUAAUGAUGUUAGUGUACUUUGAAUUAAUCAAGAAACAAAUGACAAUUUAGUGAAGACGGAGUUGUAAAUAGUCAAUGUUUAGAUUUUACACAAACAAAUGUAAUUGAGAGAUGUCACCACAUAGUUGAUUAUCCCAGACGAUCUGUUGCAAUGGGGACAUUAAAAAUGCCAUUCCUGGCAUAAAAAGUGCUCCUUACAAUCCCCGACCUCCCAUUAGUUGGUGAUCUGUAUAUUUUUUCAUAGUCACCUGGGGAAACGUUAACAUAGUUUAACAUAGUAAUACAUUUCCUCAGUUUUUAAUUCACACUGAUAUACAGCAUUCAUAUACAUUAUAUCAUAUUGAAAUUUGCCAUUAAUAAAAGUUAAGAUUA